CUAUUCUUCGCCCUCGUCUUUUUUUUCUUUGCUCUUUCCCACAACUGGGGAUAUACCACAGCUCAGAAGAAAAAGCCUCACUUCUGAGAACUUCCCCCAGUCCAAUCGUGAAGACAAAGGGAACAGCAGGUGAAAGAACCGUUUCUUGAAGCAGCCUUGCCCGAACUUUCUGUCUUGUGCUACGAAGAUUUCAUCCGAAGUAUACUUGGCAUAUCAACUAAUCCCCACUGGUCUAGACUGCAUCCCACCCCCUCCAGUCUCCAUCGACGCCACCUAGCCAGGUCCCCUUGCAAAAAAAAAAAAAAGGCGACCCUUCAAGUGCGGUUUUACCCAACACGCGAGCGAUUUCCUCAUCUUGCCACUACCUCCCAUCUGUGUUGCGGUCAAUCUUGCAACUCUCUCAGCUUCGCCAUGUCGGAUCUCAACGAGCAGUCGUCGGAGUCAAUGCCCGGCCCGGAUACCUCUGGCUUGAAGCCGUUGUCCAAUGCCAACGAUGACCUCACGCCCAUCUCCAACCCCAGCAACAAUGAUUUGGCCCGGAUUAUGAACCGCGCCGGUAUCGCGAUGACAAAUGGCGGUUUCCCGCUCGACGAUCUCGAGGAUGAGGAUGAAGUGGAUGAGGAUUACGUUGCAGUCGACCAGGAAGAUGUGAAUGACUACCCCUACUGGUUCCGCCGGCCUCCAACCCACCACCGCACCAUGCUGGACGAGCUGCAUCCGUUUGUUCAAUUGCUCUCCGUAUCCAACGUGGAGGACUGUGUCGAGGUGGAGAAUGCCUUCCCCGAGCCAGAGCGCUGUUCGCGUGACAAGUUCAUUUACCGCCUCACCCGCUGCCCAGAGCUGAGCUUGGGUAUCUUUACGCUGCCUGUCCUGGAUGAAACCAAGCCCAAGCCCCGCCCAACUCUUAUCGGACACAUUAUCGCCACCCGGACAUCGGAGCCCUUGGUGACUGACCGGGCUAUGCGCCUGCCCAAGGACUGGCAUGCUGAGCGAUGGACGUUUGAAGAUAACCAGGCUGUUGGUCACGAAGAGGGCGGUGGUACUAUUGCCAUUCACUCCCUGGCUGUGCUCCCCGAGCAUCAGGGCAAGCAGGUCGGCAGCACCCUGCUGAAGUCAUAUAUUCACCGUAUCCGGGAGGCCCAGAUUGCGGACCGGAUUGCGAUUAUCGCACAUGAUCACCUGGUUCCUUUCUAUGAGUCGUUCGGAUUUGAGUCCCACGGCCCUAGCAAGUGCCAAUUCGGCGGAGGUGGUUGGGUGGAUUUGGUCUUGGAGUUUGGUAAUGAGGAGAUGACUUAGUGUCCUGGGCGGUCUUUGUUUUUUUUUGCAUCUUUCGGCGUGGACCGUGUGUGGCCUUUUUGCCGGUCUGCUUUUUCUUUCUUUUUGACUGGUUUUCUUUCCCUCAUAUCUCUGUUUUUUCUUUUCUUUUCCCUUCUCUCUCAUGUCCUCGUUACGCACGCUACGUCCGGUCAUCGGUUUUGGUCUUUGGGUUUGAAAGAAACUGGAGUUUGUUUUGUCUUCUGGGGUCGGGGAUGGCCAGUCUGACGGAUUAUUCUCAAGAUUAAAAGAGGCUUGGGCUCUCUCCCAAACUUGGAGCCCAGGGCGCUUAUGUACCAUAGUGGAAAUGCGAUGUACAUGAGCAUGCCUAGUCUCUCCGAUUUCUAUCAUACUAUAUAAUACAGCAAAAAAAGAAUGAUUAGACUGUUAAAGUA